AUGACAUGGCAGCAUGGUGGUGGUUGUGGAGGUGGUAGUGGAUGUGGAGGUUUUGGAGGAGGAGGUGGUUGUGGUGGUUAUGGCGGUGGUGGUGGCGGUGGAGGUGGAGGUGGAGGAGGUGGUGGUGCAAGUGGUAGAGUUGGAUGUGGUGUCAUCUUUUAA